UUCAGCUGCGCGAUCGAUAACACGAAUUUGGAGUAAGCGGAGGUCAAGUUAUAUUGGGUCAUUGAUGCACGGCUAACUGCACUAGUAUCACAAUCAAGUUAUCUAAUUGCGGUGUGCUAAAAUGGAUACUUCCGGUGCGUAUGGUGGUGGAAAAGCUGGAGGCGCGUUUGACCCUCAGGCUUUUAUUCAAAGGCCUCAUGUGAUCGUCAGGGCGGUAUGUUGGCUGUUCAGCGUGAUUGUAAUGGGCUGCAUAUCAUCCAAGGGCUGGCGUACUGACUCUGAUGGGAAGGACCAUUGCGUGUACAAUGAUGACACAAAUGCAUGUAACUAUGGUGUCGGGAUAUCUGUCAUUGCAUUCAUUGCCUCCGUGGCUUUUAUUGUCGGGGAAUAUCUCUUUGAGCAAAUGUCCUCUGUCAAGACUAGGAAGCAUUAUGUGUUGGCUGACUUAGGUUUUUCUGCAUUCUGGGCCUUCUUGUAUUUCGUUGGAUUCUGCUAUUUGUCCAAUGCUUGGGGCAAAACUGAGAAGCCACCGAUCGGAACGGCGAACAACAUGCAGGGCGCUAUUGCAUUCUGCUUCUUCUCCAUAUUUGCUUGGGUGGCCUGCGCUUUCUUCGCUUUCCAACGGUUCCGCAUGGGCGCUGAUGCGGCGUUCGCUCCGGCAUACGAAGUGGAGGGCGCGAUCGGAAGCCCUGGAGGCUUUCCCACCUACCCGGGGGCUCCAGACCCGCAGCCUACCUACACCGAACCUCCCUUCUCACAGACAGCUGGAAACACAGGAAACAUGGACUACACAGCCCCUACGUAUUAAUCGACGCGUUCGCGCAUUUCAAAAU